CAAGCUACGCCCAGCUUGGCUCUUUGCGAAGGCGUACUUGAUGAAAUCCGCCACCUUCGAAGCCAUCUCGACGAUGCCUUCCUUACACUUUCGGCCACUCCGAUUGCGCUUGGUGGGGGUAGUAACACUGGCCGUUCUGCCCGCAGCGAUUCUGACCGGCAGCACCAGAUAGCCAAUAGCUUGCCGUUGAUCCAGGCUUCGCUGCAGCAGAUCAGCGAAUUAACCCAUGGCUUAGGUGUCCACUGGCGCCGGGAUCGCUGGGAGUUAGUCGGACACGAUGCUGUCGGUUCUGCGGCAUAUCUGCAGAGCCUGGUUAAGGAGGGCAUCAUUUGUACUUCAAGCCUAACUCGCAGUUCCGAGCAAGCCAAUCUUGUCAACCUGAUGAGAACUGUGCUGGAGGCAGAUGAGCAAUUGGUGCAGAGCCUCAUAGAUGGCAUGCAUUGUCGAGUAAGAGAACCAUGCAGAUAG